AUGAAAAGUGAGAUGAAAAACAGAGUAACGGGACGCGUCUCCGUGCUCGGGAUGGAAACCUAGCAGUGUUUGCUAACCUGCGCUACGUGUUCACAGAUUCGCACACGGAAUAACGGUGAAGAUGCAGUUCAUGCUGCUGUUUAGUCGGCAGGGCAAGCUACGCUUGCAGAAGUGGUACGUGCCGCUGUCCGACACACAAAAGAAGAAGAUCUCCCGUGAGGUCAUCCAGAUGGUGUUGGCCCGCAAACCCAAAAUGUGCAGCUUUCUGGAGUGGAGAGACUUAAAAAUUGUCUACAAGAGAUAUGCCAGCCUUUACUUCUGCUGUGCUGUGGAAGACCAAGAGAAUGAACUGAUCACCCUCGAGAUCAUCCACAGAUAUGUCGAGCUGCUGGACAAGUAUUUUGGCAGCGUAUGUGAGCUGGACAUCAUCUUUAACUUUGAGAAGGCCUACUACAUCCUUGAUGAGUUUAUACUGGGUGGGGAAGCUCAGGAGACAUCUAAGAAGAUUGUAUUGAAGGCCAUCGAACAGGCAGAUAUGUUGCAAGAGGAAGCAGAAGCACCACGCAGUGUACUGGAAGAGAUUGGACUCACAUAAACCUCCACAGUUCUGCAAAAUAAUGAGUAACACUUUCUCAUUUCCUGCCUUUUCAGUAUAUGUGUGUUGAUCUUAUAUUGAAGUCGCACAAAAACCCACAGUAUCUGGAUUUAGUCAAAUAUGCAACUAACUUCCAGUGUUCUUUGAUUAAUGUGUUUUCAAGUACAUACUGAACAACAAAGCAGUCUAUGGAUCCAGAACACAACAUCUGGUAGUUAUAUUGUGAUUUAUAGUAUCGAGUUAUAUUGUACUUAUUUUUCAUUACCUCAGUUUGUGUCCUUCGCUGCCUUAAAACACACAAUUGGGAUUUUUACUGGGUGUGAACUCAGCGUGUCCUUGUAGGUCACGUUUUUUUCUUUUGGCGCUCAAACGGAAAGAGUGUAAAGAUGAGUAUGAUGGCACACAAAGUCAUAAGUAUCUAAACAUUAGUGGAAUACAAAAAAAGCGAAAUAAAUGUAUUAGCCAGUAUUAGAAUAAGUUCUACCGAUAACACUGUAACUGUUUACCACCUACCAUCAGGAUCACGGUGAAGUACAUGCUUUGUCCUGGAAAGAUAAAUAAAUAAAUAAUUCAUAAAUAAUUCCUCACUUAAAUAAGUAUCUGAACACCCUCGCACAAACAUGUCUUGCUUCUUUUCCAUGUUAAACACAAUCUUUAAGACAAAACUUUAAGUUAAAAUAAAUGUACAACAUCACAUAAGAAGAUAUAUAAUGUUCCCCCUGAACUGUGUGUCCACUGUAUUGCCUGGUUUAACUGAUGCUUCAUAAAAUGCUCCCAGGGUUCAGUUUAUUUUCAAUACCAAAGAAUUUCUCCUGUCCUGUUUGUGUCGAUAAUUUCUAGAUGACACUGUGGUUCACUGCCUAAUCUCUUUGGGGAGAAAAAAUGAAGGUCCUUUAAAUUGAAAUGCAAAUAAAACAUUGUGUCAGCAAUAA